CUCUUAACGUGAUGGUUUUUAGAAUAUCUUCUUAAAUUAAGAAUAUAUAUUCUUAAUACUUCCGCAUGCGCAAUUAUGCGCAACGUGCGACAACGUGCAUAUGUCAUUUACUGCGUGUGUUCUUGGUUCUUGGUUCUUGGUUCUGUUAUUCAGUGAUUCUGUGUGAUUUAUAAAAAAUGGAUAAAGAAGUGAUUAAAUGGUUGGAAGAAGAAGAUCUAAGCGAUUUAAUGGAAGUAUUUGAAAGCCUCUAAAGAAACAUUAAUUAUUUCAAACGACACACCAAUAGUAAUAACUACAAUAUCUGAAAUAUCUGAAGUUUCAGAAUUACCUGAAGAACCUGAAGAACCUGAAGAACCUGAAGAAGUAUUUGAGAAACCUACUAUCAACCACUCUAUUAAGCACACUAAUUUUGAUUUAAAAGAAACGCUAUUUUUACCUUCUGUUUCCAAUAUUGAUUCAACUCAAGAAAUUAAGAAAAAAAGAUUUAAAGGAAGAAAAGAAAGUGUAUCUAUAGAGACAAAAAAAGAAAAUCCUAAAUGCCAACAGAGUCGACACAUCUUAUCUUUUAAAUCAUCAGAAAAAUUAUCAGCUUUGAACUUUGAGAAACUUUUGGAAAAUCAUUCCUUAAAAAGUUAUUCUGCUCUUCAUAAUUUUAAGAAAAAGGGAAUGCUCACUGAUUUAGAUAGAUCCGCCAUAACUGAAACAGUAGCUAAUGUCAUCCUUCAGCUGAAUCACUUGCCGACAUCUGCAGAAUACAAUAUUGCAGCAAGUAAAAUAUGUGAAUUGUUUCCGUGUGAAACUAAGGAGUCGUAUUAUUGUCCGCCAGCAGGCAAACAUAGAAAUGCGUCAGGUAAACUUCCUGAUAAAAUAAAAAAUAUAAAAUACCAAGUCAAGAAAAAAGCUGCUGGUUCUUGGGCCAUAUCUGAAUCUUCUUCUAUUCCCAGUGAAGAUAGAAUUACUCAUUGUGCAAAGUUUGCAGGAAGUUGUGAUCCAAAUGACUCUGCAAUUAAAACUGCAAUUGCUCAUUUAAAAUACGAUAGUAUUGAGUCUUGGCCUGAAGUUUUGCGUAGUUGGUCAGUUACACAUCCUUUACGCUUUCAGUAUCUUAGGGAAACUAGACCGAUAUCGCAGCUACAGAAGAUAGACAGACCGUCUUCUGCUCAAUUGCAGUCUGCUUUAGUAAAUGAUUAUUUCAAAAAUUGGCCUGUGCUUUCACUACCAAACGGAUAUCUACUGAUUCAACAAGAUUUUAAAGAGUUAUAUCCUGGCAGAGAAGAUGGCUUAAUAUCAAAGUGGGAUUCAACCAAAGAAGCCUUGAUUAACCUCCUUCAUGCUGAAAUUUCAAAAUCAGAUGAAUAUGGUAGAAAGUUACUUACAGAUUUGACUGUUACAGAUGCAGAUAAAAAUGAUGUAAUUUUAUUUCAUUUAUUGCCAUCACUCUGUUGUAAAAGGACAAGAGGUGCAAGAGUGGGCAUACCAUCUGUUGCAGAAGCCAAGCAGACUUUUCUCCUCCAUAUCUAUAUCCCAGGAGAUUUGAAUCGUCAAAUCAAGAUACAUACUGAGUGGUUAGCAAAUCGUGGUCAGAACUUGCAGCCGACAUUAAUAUUUGUUGGACCUACUUUAACGAAUAUUACUGCCAGUUACGUCCAAAUAGAUAAUGUAAGGUACGAACUCCGCACUCCGUUAAAAGCACUAGAUACAUGUUUCAAGGCGUUUCAUGCGUUAGAUGCUGCAUACCAAGAAGAGUGCCAAGCAAUUUGGCUUUUUAUUCAAAAGUAUUUUUAUGAUUUAUAUCUCAAAGAAGAUAGUAACAUUCCGCGAGUAAAAAGUAUACUUAGUUCCUUGAAGGGAUUGAUUUUAAAAGAAAUCUAGUUUCUGCUUAUGUUGUUCUUCUGCUAAUGUUGU